AUGACUGGCUGGUACUCACUGCCUCAAGAGAUUCGCAGCAUGAUCUUGGGAUGCGUCCUUGUUCAAGACCAUAUCGCGCCCUAUGCUCCCGUCUCAAUAGAAUGGCGCGAUGCCAUUGAGAAAAAGAUCUUUCGGCACCUUUGUAUCGAAACUUCCCUUUCGGACGCUCAUGGCAGCCCUCCAACGGUAUUUGCCAGACUUAGCAUGCUGCGUGAUCGACACAGACGACUCGUCAAACAUAUAUGGCUCAGCGUCGAAUUUACCCCAUGGGAUAUUUAUGGGAUGCGGAACGACGAGUCUUUUUGCAUUGGUGUUGCUAUAACACGGCUAUUCGAAGCCUUGAAGUACUGGCCGGCACAGAACGACUUGACGCUAGAGAUCAAUGUAUAUGAGCCUAAGUAUUCCUCGGAGGAGUGGUUCAGCGGGCAUCACAUUGGGGCUCCAGAAGAACAAGACGGAGAUAUGUCUCGUUUGUCCAAUUCUCAACUCCAGGGGUCUUCAAGGCCUCUAAAUAGCUCACUGCAGGGUUUAUUUGCGUCCUUGGCCUUCAAAGAGUGGCAUUUCCCCUUUGUCGAAGCUGUAACAACGUUUCUUCUUCCUCGACAGUGCCGACGUCAACUUGAACCAGACACUCUUGCCCGCAUACUCGAGCGACUUCCACGGCUAGAAGAGAUUUGCCUUGAGACUUGGGAUGUCUCAGAGUUUUAUAAGCCCGAUUACGUGCCUGACAGCUUUGGACGACACCUGUUCUUACAACCUGAUCACUUCAAGAAGGUCAAGUCGAUGACAGUUUUCCAAGAUCGCAGUGAGCACUUUAAUGCGGUAGUUCGUCACGAAAGAGCUCAACUCGGGCCCCUUUUCCAGCCCUUCCAGCCCUUAUUGCCCUUCCAGCCUUUCCAGCCUUUCCAGCCCUUCCAGCCCUUCCAGCCCUUACUCAGCCCAGAUCCAGAGCCGAAGCAUCGACCAGUGCUUGCUCGGGAAUUCGCUGAAGCAAGUCUUUCGCUUGAAAAUCUCUCCCUUUCCUUCAUCGUUGACGCCGUCGACUUCUUCGGCCACUGUCAAGAAGACUGGCUCUGGGCCGCCUUGCGUUCCCUUACGCUGACGUCCCGAGUUCUCACCUGUGACGGUGACUCUUUUGAGAUCGACGGGCUGUUACAAACUGCUGCGCAAAUGUUCAAGCGCAUGCCAAAGUUGGAGAGGCUCACAAUAUGGAACGGGGGGGCCAAUGAAGCAUGCGCCUUCACAUAUCACAAGCAGCAACACAAUGCUUCGGUGACGUGGCAGGCAAAGGGGUACAAAACUGAAUCCCGCAGUGUACAGUGCUUGGGAAAACUUGCAUCCUGGAUGCUUUCUCGGAGUCGAGGAAAAGGAUACUUGGUAUUUGAUUACUUCUCACGGCGCUGCUAUCAUGUGCCUGGGGUUAGAGCAUGUGGUAAGCGAAGUGUCGUUGAGACAGAUACAACUGGAGAAUAG